CCAACUCUCGUUAGGAUUCUCUAAAACUCAUCAGCUAAGAGUAAUAUUUUAAGACAGAUCUUUGGUUUACAACUCAAGGAUUGUUGAAUAAUAUACUCAAUAAUUUAAAAAUAAAAAUAAAAAAAUUGAUUAAUCACUUCACUUCCAGACUUUUCCAAUCGACAGAUUUCCCGAAACUCAACUGUCAAAACUCUGAUUCUCUUCAUACGGCCAUUCGUGAACCAAACCUGUUAAGGGAUCUGAAUUUCAAUUGUUUGGUUUUUCGAAUUUAAUUAGAGGAGCCUCCCGGGAUUCGGUCGGAUCAAGCAUAAGGAAUGGAGUUCUUCCGCGCUUCAUUUCAUGGAACCAUGAAAUCUGAAGCUGAAAAUGCUCUACACGCAAUUCUGCCUCAAUUGAAACUACUCUGUAUGGUUCUCAUUGGCCUACUUUUUGCCCACCAGAAAACCCAAGUUGUCCCGAUAGAGACUUUCAAGAUCCUCAGCAGGCUUGUUUUUGCUCUGUUCUUGCCCUGCUUGAUCUUCACCAACCUUGGUCAAUGCAUUAGUCUCGAGAAUAUCAUUCAAUGGUGGUUCAUCCCAGUAAAUGUUGUUCUAAUCACUGCUAUUGGUUGCGUAUUGGGUUUGUUGGUGGCCGUGAUCUGCCGCCCGCCACCCGAAUACUUUCGCUUCACCAUCAUCAUGACCGCAUUUGGAAACACAGGCAAUCUCCCCCUUGCAAUUGUUUCGGCAGUUUGCGACAGCACGAAUAACCCAUUUGGCGACGAAUGUUCAGCGACUGGUGUGGCGUAUGUAUCCUUUUCCCAGUGGGUUGCGGUUAUUCUUGGAUGUACUCUUGUUUACCAUAUGAUGGAGCCGCCAUUGGAGCAGCAUGCCAUUUUUGAUGAAGAAGGAGCUGACUCAGCUGAGAUUGAGGAAAUACCUUCUGAGAUCGAGGUUGAGAGUGAGGAAACACCCAGUGAUGAUCUCAGUGCGCCGCUUCUUAUCGAAGCUGAAUGGCCAGGGCUCAAAGAGAAGGAAACAGAAUCUUGCAAGACACCCUUUAUUGCAAGGCUUUUCCACAGCAUCUCCGGCAUCUCAAGAACUACUGUUCCGGAUCUUGAUUCGCGAACUUCUUGUUUGGCAGAGCCCAGGAUGGUGAGAAAAAUCAGAAUUCUUGCUGAGAAAACUCCAUACCGUCACAUUCUUCAGCCACCAAUAACUGCCUCGGCAAUAGCUAUUUUUAUAGGAAUUGUUCCUGCGAUAAAAUCUUUUGUUUUUAAUGAUGAUUCUGUAGUUUCUUUCAUCACGGACAGUUUAGAUUUUAUGGCCGAUGCAAUGGUGCCUUCAGCCAUGCUUGUUCUUGGAGGAAUGCUUGCUGAGGGUCCCCAUGAAUCUAAUUUAGGCGUCCGAACCACCAUUGGCAUCAUUGUAGCAAGGCUCUUAAUACUUCCUCUGCUUGGAAUUGGGGUCAUCGUAAUGGCCGACAAGUUGAAUUUUUUGGUCCCUGGGGAUCAAAUGUACCGGUUCGUGCUUUUGCUGCAAUAUACAACACCAAGCGCCAUCUUGUUAGGUUCAAUCGCAAGCUUGAGGGGCUAUGCAGUGAAUGAGGCAUCCACAGUCCUCUUCUGGCAGCACGUGUUUGCUCUGUUCUCCCUCACAGCUUAUAUAAUUGUCUACUUCUACAUGCUCGUUCCUUAUGCCUAAAAGAUACAUAAGAGGAGGGGAGAUCAGUCUAACAGUAAGUUUUUGCUCGGCAUCUCUUACAAUAUGUUCUUGUACACGCUUAACAUGUACACUUAGCUUGCAAUUCGUAUUGAGGAGGUUCAAAAAAUUUAGAGCAUUAGAAUUUAGACCCAGUUUGAGAUAUGCAAUCGACCUUCUCCAGGAAGCAGGAACAAGGUAGCACCAAGUAAACUUCAUUUGUUUUGGAAGUGGGAUUUGUUUAUUGAACUUCACUGACGCAUUGAAAGAUUUAGUUGAGAAUGUUCAUCAAAGAUUGGGCUCCCUUUUGUUUAUUGAAUCAGAUGAUGGUGUGAACCAGAAAAUAAAAACUCUCGGGAUAAGGCUAAUCUUGACAAAGAUCAAACCAAUUCAAAACCAAACAGAUAAGGAAUAGCUUGUAAACUUAUGUUUAGAUCAUCUUACUAUAAAUCUUAUCUUCAGUUUGUAAUCAUUAUCGCAAUAAUAUAAAUGGAAGAGUCAGGAAGACAGUCUUUCUGCUCAAAGAAUGAGAGAAACAUUUUUACAAA